CGCGAUAUAAGCGCUGCGCGGCGCCGCGGCGCGCACUCAGCCAAACUCGCGGACUGCGAUAGGUCGUGUCACGCGGUGGCGCAACGAUCGCAGCCGUUCCCGCCACACUGACGAACACAUUUUCUUUGAAAUUUCGUGCAAUUGCAAAGAAAAAAGUGAACAAAGCGGGACAUUCGGUGACUUAAGAGUGCUCUGUGAUUGUUGUUUAUACAUGAAUAGACUCUAUUUUUUAUCGAUAUUUUACAAAUUUCGGUAGUAAUAGAGGUUCGAGACGGAUCGCACUAGUGAAACGAGCACAUCAACGUUUCAAGUAGUGAGGAUUGCGUGAACUUCGCACUGGACCAGUCCAACAGAUAACAUAUCAACGUGGUGCUCGAAGAUAUCGACAACUUUACUAUACAAUACAAACCAAUUAGAUUUAGUAAAGACAUAAGAGUAAUGACAAUUAUACCGUCCUUUAGAUAAUUUUUACAAAACUAUAUUAUAAGGAGAAAUCAAAUGAGCAUAUCUAGGAGUAAUAGAUUAAGAAUAUCUCCGGCAAGCAUGGCGUGCGUGAGCCUGAGGAGUAGUCUGAGGAUACUGUGGACGGCGACCACGGCGCUCGUGUUCCUCACGAGGAGCAGCGCCGCGCCGACCUUCGGUGGAGCAGAUAAGGCGAUGGUUGAACAUGAUGCCUACUUUCAGAUGUACUUAGCGCAGUACGGGUACCUAAGCCCCUCUGUGAGGAAUCCUUCGAGCGGGCACAUCAUGGACGAGAGUUCGUGGCGCCGAGCUAUUGCCGAGUUCCAGAGCUUCGCCGGGCUAAACGCGACAGGCGAAUUAGACGAGGAAACAACAAAAGUAAUGUCAUUGCCGAGGUGCGGCGUGCGAGACAAGGUGGGCUUCGGAGACCGCGCCAAGAGAUACGCGCUGCAGGGCUCAAGAUGGCGCGUCAAGAACUUAACUUACAAGAUCUCUAAGUACCCAUCUAAGCUGAACCGAGCUGAAGUCGACAAUGAACUUGCCAAAGCCUUCUCAGUGUGGUCCGACUACACAGACCUUACCUUUACGCAGAAGCGGUCCGGACAAGUCCACAUUGAAAUCAGGUUCGAGAAGGGAGAGCACGGAGACGGCGACCCCUUCGAUGGUCCUGGUGGCACCCUUGCCCACGCCUACUUCCCCGUAUACGGCGGCGACGCUCACUUCGAUGACGCUGAGAUGUGGUCCAUUAACUCGAGGAGGGGAACCAAUCUCUUCCAGGUCGCAGCUCACGAGUUCGGUCAUUCCCUAGGGCUGUCUCACAGCGAUGUUCGUUCAGCUCUCAUGGCUCCCUUCUACCGAGGAUACGACCCUGCCUUCCAACUUGACCAAGAUGACAUCCAAGGCAUUCAGGCUCUGUACGGUCACAAGACGCAGACAGACAUCGGAGGCCUACCCGGCCUUCCCGGAGCGGCCGCCCCACCGUCCGUACCUCGUGCCACAACGCAGCAACCCUCAGCCGAGGACCCAGCGCUCUGCGGAGACCCUAAGUUCGACACCAUCUUCAACUCGGCUGACGGUGGCACUUUUAUAUUCAAAGGCGAGCACUACUGGCGUCUGACGGAGGACGGUGUCGCGUCAGGCUACCCGCGUCUGAUCGCCCGAGCAUGGCCCGGCCUGCCUGGCAACAUCGAUGCUGCCUUCACUUACAAGAACGGCAAGACCUACUUCUUUAAGGGAUCCAAAUACUGGAGGUAUAAUGGACAGAAGAUGGACGGAGAUUAUCCUAAAGACAUUAGUGAAGGUUUCACCGGCAUCCCAGACAACCUGGACGCUGCUUUAGUCUGGUCAGGCAACGGCAAGAUCUACUUCUACAAGGGCACCAAGUUUUGGCGCUUCGAUCCUUCACAACGCCCGCCCGUCAAGGCCACAUACCCCAAACCGCUGUCCAACUGGGAAGGCAUUCCUGAUAGCAUUGACGCAGCCCUGCAGUAUACCAAUGGAUACACGUACUUCUUCAAGGGUGGAUCCUAUUGGCGGUUUAAUGAUAGAACUUUCAGUGUGGACUCAGACAAUCCCGCGUUCCCUCGGUCGACGGCGUUCUGGUGGCUCGGCUGCAGCAGCGCGCCGCGGGGCACCGUGGGAGGUAACAACGCGCGCCUCUCCGACGCUCCCGUCGGCGAAGACGACGUCGGAGACAUACUGUUCGACGCAGAUGGGUCGGAUUCUGGCGACAACAGCGGGCACAGCGGCGCGCGCUCGCUGACGCCGCUGUCGCUGUCGGCGCUGGCGGCGCUCGUGGCGCUGGUGACGCAGGCGCUGCGCCCGCGCGCCUAGCCCCGCCCCCCGCCCCCCGGGCCCCGCCCCCCGCCGCGCCGCCGCGGCACUGACUGUGAUGUGUGCAGUGUGCCUGGUGUAUACGCGUUCGGUAUAUUGUGUAUAGCGAAUGCGCUGCUGUGAUGACGAGUGCGCCUUUUUUAUACUGCGAGAACGAUAAUUUAAUGCGAAGUCAUAGUUUUUAUACUUAAGAUAAAUAGAUGAUGUAAGCUCGUGUGUGAUAUUGACGUAAGCGACGAUUUUUAUAUUAAAUAUUUAAAGUGAUCAUA